UCUAUAAUUUGUAAGCUUGUGCCUUUUGUAUGUACGCGUACUUUCUAAAGUGGCAAUUUUAAUAAUAAUUUAAUAAUAAAUAGAUAUUUAUAAAUAUACGUAAAUAAUGAGUGAUGACGAUCGUGACAUAGAUAUUGAAAGUGAUGAUGCUGAUGACUCGGAUUCUCGAUUACCAGGGCGCAAUGCUGGAACUAUAUAUUAUUCACAGGCAGAAAAGAGAGCUCAUCAUAUGCUUUUGAGAAAGCGCAGGGAUCACAUAAAAGACAGCUUCACUUCACUAAGGGACUCUGUCCCAGCUUUACAAGGAGAAAAAGUUGCAAGCCGAGCACAAAUACUCAAAAAGGCAGCAGAGUAUAUUCAUUUUAUGAGGAAAAAAAAUAAUUGCACCAGCAAGAUUUGA